AUGGCCUCCCAAGAAAUCCCCAAGACCUGCAAGGUCAUCACUGCCGACACCAUCGCCAAGAAGCUCCUCGUUGAGGUCAAGGAGACACUCGCCAAGGUGCAAGGGGACGCCCCCGCCCAGCCCACUCUGGCAGCCUUCCUCGCAAACGGUGACCCUGCUGCCGUCAAGUAUGCCGAGUGGUCCAAGAAGACAUGCGAAGAGAACGGCUUCAAGUUUGAUCUCCGAUCCGUCGACAAGGACCUCCUCGAGGAGGAGAUCACGAAAGCCAAUGAGGACGAUAAUGUAGACGGCAUGAUCGUCUACUACCCCAUCUUCCCCCAGAACCCUACCCACGACAAGUACGUCCAGGAGACGGUCGAGCUUGGUAAGGACGUUGAGGGCCUUCGACACAAGCUCCUCUACAACAUGUACCACAACAUCCGAUUCCUCGAUGCCCCCGAGAACCGAAAGAAGUCGAUCCUUCCCUGCACGCCUCUUGCCGUCGUCAAGAUCCUCGAGCACCUCCAGAUCUACAACCCCAUCCUUGCUUUGGGCAACCGCCUGUUCGGCAAGACCAUUACCGUCAUCAACCGAUCCGAGGUCAACGGCCGUCCUUUGGCAGCACUCCUCGCCAACGAUGGCGCUACCGUGUACUCGGUUGAUAUUACUGGUGUCCAGCUGUUCACUCGUGGCCAGGGUAUCAAGCAGGUCCGCCACCAGGUCCAAGACAAGGAGGGCUGGGGCUUGGAGCAGUGCCUUCCCCUGAGCGAUGUGGUUAUCGGAGGUGUGCCGUCAGAGUCGUUCAAGGUGCCCACCGACCUCAUCCGAGAGGGUGCCGUCUGCAUCAACUUCUCGUCGUACAGAAACUUUGACGGCCCGGCCAUCAAGGAGAAGGCCUCCAUUUACGUGCCUUCUGUUGGAAAAGUGACGAUUGCCAUUCUGUUGCGAAAUCUUGUGCGUUUGAUUGCCAACCGGCCGUCCAAGGACGAGUCCGACAAAAACCUCCAAGCCCGCAAUGAAGCAUUCAGGGAUGAUUAA